AUUUCUUAAUCGAGAUAUAACUAUCCAUUUUAUUGUAAAAUAACCGCAAAAUAUUAGACGACUACGGUCAUUGGUUUAGUCCAGAGCUUGAAGUUGGCGAAUCUAAGUUCCCAUAGUUGCAGCAUCUCUUCCAUAACUAUAUACUUUAUGGAAUAUGUACUUAUAUAUAUGCACAAUAAUGUACUACAAGAGUGGUAAAAAAAUGUGUUUAAAGAUGAUACAUACAAAUAUCAUCGAUUUUGCGGUUAUCUAAACACGUUUGAACUAUUCAAAUAUCUUUUCUUUCAUUUUUUACUUGUUGUAAAUAAAAAUUUAAAAGGAAUUACACUUCUUGUAAAUAGUUUGAUGAAUAUUCGAUAAAUUAACAUUUAUGUGAUAGAUUUAUAUUGAAUCACCUCCAUUUUAGCAAUUUUUUUAUAUAUUUAAUCUUGAUGUAUGCAAUUUAAUGAAUUCAUCAUUGUCGGAUUCAUAUAUUCAAUAGUAAUUUACUAAAUUACUAAGUAAAAUGUUAUUCCUGCGAUGAAACUUGUACAUUACACGUAGGAACUAUGUGGUCAGAAAUUGUAGAAUAUUUAAAAGAUGCGUCUUUAGUGGCAAAAAUACAAAAUUGUUUUGGUGUCAAAAUACAUUAUAGUGAAACUUUGAAAGAACAUUACAAGGAAAAUCUCUGUCCUGAAAUCCAUGGUACUAAUCGUCGAAAUAUUAAACGCAAUGUGAAUAGUUGCCAAUUAAAAUUUGGAGAAGCGAAAGAAAAUGGUUAUAUUACAACGGAAAAAAGAUCUGUUUAUGGUGUAAAAACAAAUAUAUGUACGAGUGAGAUAUACGAACCAUCGAUCGCCCUCAAUUGCAAUUAUUCUAUAACAAACUAUUUUUGGUAUUAUUUAUUUUUUUUUGGAACAGAAUUAGGGGAUGAAAUAUUUUAUUCUACAUUUAUACCUUUCUGGUUUUGGAAUAUUGAUGGUGCAGUGGGUAGAAGGGUUGUUUUAGUAUGGGCUAUUAUCAUGACAACGGGUCAAAUAUUAAAAGAUGUUAUAUGUUGGGCAAGACCUGCAUGUCCUCCAGCAGUUCGAUUGCAAAUAAAAUGGUCAGAAGAAUAUGGAAUGCCAUCUACUCAUGCUAUGAUUGGUAUAUCGAUUCCAUUCAGUGUAGUAUUAUUUACAAUAAAUAGGUAUCUCUACCCUGUUUCUAUUGGUUGGACAAUUGCAAUGUUGUGGUGUACACUUGUGUGUAUGAGUAGAUUAUAUCUGGGUAUGCACACAGUAUUAGACAUUCUAGCAGGCUUAAUGUUAGCCAUUGCAUUAAUGAUUCCAUUAGUACCUUUGGUGGACUACACAGAUUAUUAUAUUCUCUCAAACAUUUGGGCUUUGGCAAUUUUAAUUGCUAUUAGUAUAGCUGUUAUAGUUUACUACCCAUGUAGCAAGAAAUGGACACCAACCAGAGGUGAUACAACUAUGGUGGUAUCCGUUACCACCGGGGUUCAUUUAGGAGCAUGGCUUAACUACAAUACUGGAGCUAUGAUAGCACCUACAAAAUCACCACCAUAUGAUAUUAUAUGGCCAACAUACCCAAUGUUUGGUUGCAUGAUACUUAGAACAAUACUUGGAUUUUCCAGUAUUCUUGUAACAAGGGCUGUUUGCAAAUCCCUUUGUUAUAGAAUAAUGUGUGCCAUAUUAAGAAUUAAUUCUGAGGACCUCAUGAAAAGUCAAAAUUAUUCAGAAGAUAACAAUAAGGUUCUUGUUGAUCUAGUCCACAAAUAUGUGACUUGUUUUAUGAUAGGUGUAAAUACAGUGUAUCUCUUGCCAAAUGUGUUUUCUAUAAUUGGAAUCGAACGACCGACAUUUUACACGGAAAUAUAAAACGCUUCCUCCAGUUAUAAAAAUGAUGCAUUUAUCGGUUUUAUCGGUUUUAUCGGUAUAAAGUAAACAUAAUAUGAAAUUAUAAUCAUUGUACAAAUCAUUCCAAUACUAAUGUUUGUGAUAUUGUUUUUUUAUACAUAUAUUCAUUGUUCGUAUUCAUUGUUGCUACAGGUCACAGAUAUGUGAGUCAGAUGUUCUGUACUAUUUUAUAUACCAAAAGCGCAGUUUCAAGUUUCAAACUUGUUAACCUAGUUCCAAUUAUAUUGUUCAUAUACAUGCAUUAAAAUUAUAGUUUCACUGGUAAAAGAAAUAGAUUGAAACAGUUAAUAAGAAAGUUUAUAUUUUACCUUUUUAGGAUAUAAACAAAUGUUACAAUGUUUUUCGUUACAAUAAAAUAAUUGAUUAAAAAUUAA